UACUCUCAUUCCAAUUUCCAGCUUACCUCUUCACUGUCUGUUAACAAUGGCUGAAGCCGCUGCUGCUGCCCUCGUCAAUGUCAUUUUUGAGAAGCUAGCCGAUGAAGCCUUCAAGAAAUAUGCUCGUUCCCAGAAUAUCCACUCAGAGCUCAAGCAAUUGGGGAGCACGUUGUCCCAGAUCCAAGCUCUGCUUAAUGAUGCCUCUCACAAGGAAAUAACUGAUGAAUCUGUCAGACUAUGGCUCAAUAGUCUCCAACAUCUGGCUUACGAUAUCGAUGACGUGCUCGAUGAUGUGGCUACUGAAGCUAUGCAUCGUGAGCUGACCCCAGAAUCAGAAGCAAGCACCAGUGUGGUAAGAAAGCUCAUCCCAACUUGCUGCACAAACUUCUCACUAACUCAUAGGUUGUCUCCCAAGUUAGAUAGUAUUACCACCCGGUUGCAACAAUUAUAUAAGGCAAAAGCUGGGCUAGGUUUGAUUGUGAAAGAUGAAAAGCCAAAAAAUAACAACAGAGGAAACGAAACCUCCUUGCUAGAAUCUGAUGUCAUUGGACGAGAAAAUGAGAAAGAAAAAUUGCUCAACAAGCUGUUGCAGGAUGAGCCAUCUAAGGAAAACUUCAGCGUCUUACCCAUAGUCGGUAUGGGUGGGGUUGGUAAGACCACUCUAGCUAGACUGUUGUAUAAUGAUACAAAAGUGAAGGGUCGGUUUGAACUCCACGCAUGGGUUUGUGUCUCUGAUGAUUUUGAUAUCUCUAAGAUAACCAAAACCAUCUUUCAAGCUGUGUCCGACGAAAACAAGGAAUUUGCUGAUCUAAAUCAACUUCAAGUGGCUCUUAAAGAGAAACUUAAGGAAAAACGGUUUCUACUAGUACUAGAUGAUGUGUGGCAUGAAAACUUUAACGAUUGGGAAACCCUAGUGCUCCCAUUUCAUUCAGGGGCUCGUGGAAGUAAGGUAAUCAUGACAUCUCGCAAGGAGCAAUUGCUUAAGAUGCUAGGUUUUGAUAAUCUAGACCAUCUUGAGACUUUGUCAUCUGAAGAUGCUUUGUCUCUAUUUGCUUUACAUGCAUUGGGCGUAGACAACUUUGAUUCACACCCAACACUCAGACCAAAGGGUAAGCGUAUUGUGGAAAAGUGUGGUCGGUUGCCAUUGGCUUUAAAGGCAAUUGGUAGGCUAUUGAGAACUCAUACAGAUGAAGAAAAAUGGGAUGAGGUGUUGAAUAGUAAGAUAUGGGAUUCAAAAAGUGUUGGUGAUCUUUCUGCAGAUUGGAAGGCGAUUUUUCCUGCCCUUAUGUUAAGCUACCAUGAACUUUCUUCAAAUUUGAAGCGGUUGUUUGCAUAUUGCUCCUUGUUUCCUAAGGACUUUUUGUUUGACAAAAAAGAGUUAGUCCUGUUGUGGCUGGCCGAAGGGUUUUUGUACAAAUCAAAUGCAGCCAACUCACCAGAACGCCUUGGUUAUGAAUAUUUUGAAGAGUUGUUGUCAAGGUCAUUUUUUCAACAAUCACCAAAUGAGGAACAGUUAUUUGUGAUGCAUGACCUGAUGAAUGAUUUGGCCACAUUUGUUGCCGGAGAGUUCUUUUCAAGGGAUGACAAUCGGAUGGCGACGGAAGAUUUAGCAAAGUACCGCCACAUGUCAUUUAUUCGUGAUGAAUAUGUAGCUUACCACAAGUUUGAGGCCUUCAAGAGAGCUAAAGGUUUGAGAACAUUGUUACCGGUAUAUGUUGGGGUGGAUCAAUGGUGGGACCACUUCUACUUAUCCAGCAAGAUUUUGGUUGACUUACUUCCAGAGUUACCGUUAUUAAGGGUUCUUAGUUUGAGUCGUUUUAGUAUAAGUGAGGUACCGAAUUCCAUUGGUAGUUUGAAGCACCUGAGGUAUCUUAAUCUAUCUAAAACUCAUAUCAAAGAGUUGCCGGACAAUGUUGGUAAUCUUUAUAAUUUAGAAACAUUGAUAGUUUUUGGAUGUAAUAGUUUGACCAAGUUGCCUAAAAGCUUUUCAAAGCUAAAAAAGUUGAGGCAUUUUGACAUCAGAGAUACUCCAUGGCUGGAAAAGUUGCCCUUGGGGAUUGGUGAGUUGAAAAGCCAACAAACUCUCACUAAAAUUAUCAUUGAAGAACACAGUGGCUUUGCACUAACCGAGCUUAAGGGAUUAAAGGAUCUGCACGGGGAAAUUUCCAUCAAGGGGUUGAACAAAGUGCAAAGCUCAAUGCAUGCACGAGAGGCGAAGUUAUCUUUAAAAGGGAUUAAUAAGUUAGAGUUGAACUGGGAUGAUGUUUCAGGAAGGGAAACACUUGAGAAGGAGAUUCUCAAUGAGUUAAAGCCCCAUAGUGAUAAGUUGAAAAUGCUUGAGGUUAAGUAUUAUAAGGGAAUAGAGUUUCCAAAUUGGGUUGGGGAUUCGUCUUUUCAUCAAUUGGUUCAUGUGUCGCUACGGGUUGUAGAAAAUGUACAUCUCUACCGCUGCUUGGGCGGCUACCUUCACUUAAGAAGUUGUUGAUUCAAGGAAUGGAUGAUGUUAAAGUCAUCAGUUUGGAGUUAAGUAGGAGUACUGAUGUUACCUUCCCUUCACUUGAAAUUCUAAGGUUUGAAGAUAUGUCUAGUUGGGAGGUUUGGUCAACCAAUAGCGAAGUAAUGUUUCCACGCCUUCGAGAGCUUCAAAUAAUCAAAUGUCCCAAUUUGAGUGAUGUCUCACUUGAAGCAUUACCUUCGCUAAGAGUUUUGGAGAUAGAGGGAUGUGGUGAAAGUGUGCUGAGAAGUCUGGUUCAAGCAGCUUCAUCAACCACUAAAUUGGAAAUUAGAUCGAUUUUAGGGCUUACGGAUGAGGUAUGGAGAGGUGUCAUCGUGAAUCUUGGGGCGGUUGAAGAGCUAUGCAUACAAAAUUGUGAUGAGAUAAGAUACCUGUGGGAAUCAGAUGCAGAGGCAGGUAAAGUUCUUGUAAAUUUAAAGGAAUUGCAGGAUUUUAGAUGUAAAAAUUUGGUGAGUUUAGGAGAGAAAGAGGAGGAUGAGGAUAACACUGGGAGCGACCUCUUAUCAUCUCUUAAGAAGUUGGAUAUAAAGUUCUGUGAAAGUAUGGAGCGUGUGUGUUGUCCAAAUAGCAUUGAGAGUUUAGAUAUCUUUAGGUGUAGUUCAGUUAGAGAUGUCUCCUUCCCAAGAGCAACAACAACAGGUGGAGGAGGGCAGAAUCUCAAGUCACUUAGUAUAUGGCGUUGUGGAAAUCUAAAAUCAAUAAAUCAAUUGAGUAACUCCACUCCCCUCACCUCUUUGACAAUAAGAGAAUGUAAAAACAUGGAGUUAUCUUCUGAUCUUCAUCAGCUAUCAAAUCUCACAGAACUGGAAAUAGAACGUUGUAAAAGCAUAGGGUCAUUUUCUGACCUUGAGCUAUCAAACCUCACCAGGUUGGAAAUAGCAGUUUGUGAAAGCAUAGAGUCAUUUCCUAACCUCCAUCUGCCAAAUCUCACAGAACUGAAGAUUUUAAGUUGCAAAAACAUGAAGGCAUUUGGUGACCUGCAGCUACCAAAUCUAAGCUGGUGGAUGAUAUGGGAUUGUGAAAAUCUGGAGUCAUUUCCUGACCUUCAGCUAUCAAAACUCACCAUGUUAAAAUAUAUGACUAUCUCCAGUUGUCCAAUGAUUGAUGCUUCCUUUCCUCGUGGGCUUUGGCCUCCCAAUUUGGUUAGGCUUACAACAGGGGGGUUGAAAAAGCCCAUCUCAGAAUGGGGCUAUCAGAAUUUCCCACCUUCCCUUGUUUACCUAUCUUUACAUGAUGAACCUGAUGUGAGGAAUUUCAGUCAAUUGUCCCUCCUUUUCCCUUCUUCUCUUACAUCUCUAUACAUAUCUGGAUUUGAUAAUCUGGAAUCAGUUUCAACGGGACUCCAACACCUCACAUCCCUUCAACAUCUCAGGAUUAGCUAUUGCCCUGUUAGAUAUAUUUAUUAAACUUAGUUAUGUUAACUAUGUACUUAUUCGGAUUUUCUAAGUAGGAUAUUAAUGUAUUAUAAGUACUCAAACUAUUAGAUGAUAGGUGCGUGCAUUGGCUAUGAUAAGCGGGUAAAAGAAUUCGAAUAACUGCCGGAGGCAGUUACCCGCCAAGAACAACCGCCAAAACACUGCAUAUAUAUAUUGUAUUACCGGCAAUAUGUCCGGCUAUCAAGACAUUCAUACUAUCGUUUGAAUUGUCCAUUAAUAUCAUCUUAUAUCAUUCAUCCUUUUCAAA